AUGUGGUACUACUGGCUGUCCCAGGUGAAUGCCCUCAUGGGUGUUGUGAAGCUUGCCAGUACCUCACUGCAAAAAGCCACCGGAAAGACUCUUUUCGAUUGUGUCUGCCAACGCUUGAACCUUGUUGAGGAAGAUUACUUUGGAAUGGAGUUCAAUGAUCGUUAUGGGAAUGUGGUUUGGUUGGAUCUCUUAAAACCUGUUCUAAAACAAAUCAAAGGGGAGAAGAAGGUUCUGUUCCAAUUUGUAGUGAAGUUCUUUCCACCUGAUCCAGGACAGCUCCAAGAUGAAUUGACAAGGUAUCUCUUUGCUCAGCAAAUCAAACGGGACUUGCUUGCUGGAAGACUUCACUGCAAUGACAACAGUACCGCACUGUUACUGUCUCACAUCAUCCAGGCUGAAGUCGGUGAUUUUGAUGAAGAACUGGACCAAACACAUUUACAAUCCAAGAUAUAUGUUCCAAACCAGCAAUGGCUGGUACACAAAAUAAUGACUUUUCACCAAAAGCUCGUAGGGCUGACCUCAGCAACUUCUGACAUUCGCCUUCUCGACACAGCACGGAAACUGGAGAUGUAUGGUGUCAGGCUCCAUCCAGCCAAUGAUGGUGAGGGAACACAGAUCAAUCUGGCUGUUUUGCACAUGGGCAUAUUGGUCUUUCAGGGCAAGACAAAGAUCAAUACAUUCAACUGGGCCAAAAUACGCAAGUUGAGUUUUAAGAAGAAACAUUUCUUUAUCAAGCUCCACUCCAACAUUUUUACCGCCUCAUGCAAGGACUCUUUGGAAUUCCUGAUGGCAAGUCGUAAUAUGUGCAAGCAGUUCUGGAAGACCUGUGUUGAAUAUCAUGCUUUCUUUAGGCUCCCUGAAGAACCCAGAUCAAAACCCAAGCCCAUACUUUGCAGCAAAGGUUCCAACUUUCGAUACAGUGGAAGAACUCAAAAGCAACUGGCUGACUAUCUUAGCAAAGGAGAUUUUAAGAAGGUGCCAUUUCAAAGGAAGCAUUGUAAUGUACAAUCUGAGGAAGAUUCAGCAGGAACCGGCCUUGAGGUGGGGGUACAGGACAAGGGAUCGUCACAUGAUCUUCGGGGCAUUGGGCAACCAGGAGACGUCCAGCAUAAGGUGGGGCCGAGGGCAGCACAGAGACGGAGGAAGGAGUCGGCAGUGGAGAUUGUGUUCAGCACUGAACUGGAGAGGUCCAAGCCCGAGGCGGACAUAGCAUUAGACCUUCUCUCCAGCCGCGAUCUCUCUGCUCCCUCCGUCAGCGACGCUGAGGUAAAGAAAGAUCCAGUGCAACUGCAAAAAAGCAGCUUAGAGUUUCUGACUAACCGUACCCCGAAGGAAACAGAUCCAGGAGGCUUGACAGGUGGGGACUCGCCCAAGUUCACAAUAGGGAGCCAAUGCCUUGGCGAUAGUUUCCCCAAUUCGGACAGCUCAACGGACGGAUCUCUCCAACCGACGUGCUGCACGUCGACAGACAAAGAAAUUGUUCGACUUUCGGGCAUAGCCCGCCCAGUCAGCUUGCCCGCUUCCAGCUUCUUAGCCAAUUAUGGGUUCUACCAGCGGGCUGUGAUGAGGGGGAGCUACGGCAGUACACUGAACGCCGUGAAGGAGGAGGAGAACCAACAGGAUGACACUCGGCUGCCUUCCAAAAGAUCUCGCAGCCAGUCCGAUGUGAAGACCCUCGGCCUAGUCCAUGCGCCGGAGUUACGGCCCCUGGCUCACUUCUUGCCCUUGGGUCGGAGACAAACUCUCGGUAAACUGGGUCCUGUACACCUAGUGCACGGGAUGCUGCAACGCAGAGAGGUCCUGCAGACAACAGAACGAUACAUCAGCAGUGGCACAGAAUCCAGCGACUCAGACUCGGAAAUUAUCAGCGCCUACUUCCAUCCGCGUCCAUUCGGCAAAGCUCUUCGAUCCUCCGCACCGAAGGGAGGUCGGUUUGCGUCAGCCAGCUUCCAGUCAGACGAAGCAGCCUCAUUCGAUCGGAAUUGCGCCGACAAGCUCAGACACCUGACGAUCUACACCGAUUUCAUUUAGUUUGGGAUGGACCCGCCUUCACAGCUUCCUGCCCCAUCACCAAUCCCCAACCGUUGUCUUUGCCAUCACUCCUGACCACGAGUUGACUGUUGUUGGAGUUCUGUAAACAUCUCCAUAAGAAAAUGACCCGAACCGUGAGAUUGUGUGCUGGAGUCUCCCUGGUCUCUCUUUCAUUAUUAUGUUGUCUACUGCGAUGGGCGCGUUCCAUGUAGUUCGUGCACAGUAUUGGUUAUUUAAACAAUUCAUUCAUCUACUGUCUGAAUGAUAACUUGUGCAUCAAGAAUCUUUCUGUCCUCUGUUAAACAGCAACCACCUAAUGUUAGUGAUCCUUUUUGGAGUUAGACUUAGUUAAUUAACCAGCAUUACUAUUGACUUAAGGGCAAUUAUGUCUGCUGCUGUAGUAACAGAUUUAACAUCAUUCAUGGUAGUUACAUACAAGUUCCUCUUAUGCUACCACAAAACGUGAAAUAGAGAAAUAUUAAAGGCUAUGGCACAGAUAAAAGCUGUGGAAAUGUACUGCAUGGUCGAUAUCAGGUAUACUUGCAGGGCUACCUCAGCACAAGUUGUAGUGACACAUGUGAUAUACAAUCUUGCAGACAGAGAGAGAUCAUGGAAUGAUAGAAUCCCUACUGUGUGGAAGCAGGCCAUUCGGCCCAACAAUCCUCCAAAGAUUGUCCCACCCAGACCCACACCCCCUACUCUAUCUCUGGAAGCUUAUGCAAACAUGGGGAGAAUGUGCAAAGUCCGCCCGCGGGUGGAAUCAAACCCACGUCCCUGAUGCUGUGAAGUGGCAGUGCUAACCACUGAGCCACUGUCCCAUCCUGUGGGAUCAUUCUGUCCCUUUGCUCCCCUCUCUCCUGGCUGUACCAGGAUGCAUUUUUAGAGAAGGAAUGUUUUAACCUCUUGCACAUUGUGUUUUGAACUAACAAAUACAAAGCAGUCUUUCUGGCAAGGAUAAAUGUUUAUUUCUGAAAACACCUGAAAUGUGAUCACAAAAAACAUAUUUUGGAUACUCAGAUAUAGGAUAAGAAAAUAUUUCUAAAAGGUCCAACUUGCAAUUAAAUUUGACAAAGAGUUAAAAGAAUAACAUCAUUUUCAAUUAGCUCUCAAGAUAAUAGUUGAAACAUUGCAGGCUUGAAGAAUUCUCUCAAUAUACUGGGGAGAAAUGAAGGCCAUGUGUUUCUGGUGAAGAAUUCACACAGGUUCACCCCAAACAGCAGCAAGUUUCUGGCUUUCCAGACAAGGUCAAAGUUCUCUUAAAAUUAAGAACUAUUUUCUGGAAGUUAGAACAAACAAACCCAAAUUCUUUGUUUAUGUUGACUCUUGAGGCGGUGUUCUCUCUUGUGUUGGUCUACAGAUAGUUUUCCUUUGAUCUUCACAUUCUAGACUGAGUCACUAGAUUACCUUUGUCCACUAAUAACAUAUUGGCCAUUUCAAAUCAGUUUCAGUCAUGUGACAGUAGUGGCAUAUUCCUACAAUGGCAGAUGGGUGAUGGCAGAUAAUUGUUACACAAUGAAGAACAUUAACAUUCCUGUCUUGAGUAACCUCCUCACUAUCUUUAUUUGAAUGUUAAUCUUUGUGCGGCCAGCAUAUCCAAUGGACAUUGAUGUUUUAAGUCUCUUCAAUUAAAAUGGAAAGGACAAUCACUAACAUCUGGGAAGGCUAUUUACAUUUUAUUUUCCAGAGACAUUAGAAUCAUAGAAUCACAACAAUGUGGAAGCAGGCUAUUCAGCCCAACAAGUCUACACCGACCCUGCAAAGGGCAACCCACCCAGACCCAUCCCCAUAAUCCUGCAUUUACCAUGGCUAACCGCAUUAGCCUACACAUCCCCGGACACUCUGGGCAAUUUCCCAUGGCCAAUCCACCUAACCUGCACAUCUUUGGAGUGUGGGCAGAAACCAGAGCAAACCCACUCAGAACGUGCAAACUCUACACAGACUAUCACCCAAGGCUGCAAUAAACCCGAGUCCGGAGUGCUGUGAGGGAGCAGUGCUAACCACUGAGCCAUGUUGCCAUCCACACCAUAUCAGGACAUGAAGUUGUCCCCGUCAGUGAAAACAAAACUUCAAAAGGAGUUCACCUGACCCAAAGGAACCUAUUUUGUCAAGAUGAGUGUCCACAUUUCAUUUUAGCUUUUACAAGUAAAGUGUCCAGCAGCUUAACACAUCUCAUACGAUGUGACCGUGACAGAGCAUAUGAACCUACAACUUCAUGUUUGACCCACGAGAGUGGUCCAAAGAAAAUGCUUUAUUGUCGAUAUUGUACUCCACCUGCUAAAAACCUGAAGCGUUGUAGGAUAACCUCCAGGCAGCUGUGUCACAGUUCUUGUUUUAAUGUGCAAACAGAGUCCUGAGCUAAACUCCCAUUCGCAACCAUCCUUAAAUGACUGUAUCAAUGUGAACACUUUAGCAUAAUUGCAACAUACGUAACAGUUUGCAGGGAGCACUGUAAUGGUGUAACCCUGUAUGAUGUAUAUGCAAUACUGCAUUUUACCAGAAGUUGAUUAGUUGUUAUGGCAUGGGACUCAUUCAGUCCAUUGAGACCAUGUCACUUCUCUGUAGAACAAUUCAGUUGGUCCCAGAUCUCGUCAUUGAAAAGGAUACAGUCAGAUGAAGGAAAAAUAGGAGGGAAGGUUCUGUAUUUUUUUCUACCCCUUAUCAGGAAAUGUGCUUCAUGGAAUCCAUUAAUAGGUUGGAACAAAUAUUUUAUAAAACUGCCCAUUCAUUCUAACAUAACGCAGAGUACUUAACUGAUGAGUGUGGGACAGAGUUUCAGAGGCACAAGAUUGCCAUUACUUUAGCCUGAGGUUUCCUUUUGUAAGUAUUAUUGUAUAAACUUUCUGCCACAGCAAUCACAGACUGGCCAGCUGCAUCCAGCAUCUUUUUUGGGCUUAUUUGAAAAUUGCUGCUUUUGUUCCCCGUCUUUAGGACCUGUGAUUUUCACACAUCCCUCAAAGACAUACUAUCAAUAUUCCGCUGAGUGAAAGUUCCAACUCCGCCAAGAAUGCAAACU